GUCAAGAAAGGCGUUAAAAAAAAAAAAAUCCCAAAUCAAAGAUGCGGACCCCUUGUGAAUAUGGAAGCAGCCGAAAGAAGCUUCUUCUGUUGUAGUUGUUUAGCUGAGCAGAUGAACCGACAGAGGGCAGGAAGCCACCGCAGAGACUCCCUCACGACCCGAGUCCGAUGUUUGCGUUUCGGGCUGCACCGCUUUCAUAUACAGUCUGCAGGCUGAACAGUUUGACUUCAGCCCAUCUGUGGCCCCAUUUAAGAGGAUGAAACGAAAGCUUCCAUGCAAAGAAGAAACAGCCUUUUAGUCGCGCUGACAACUUUUUAAUAAUCUGGACUGUGAAGGCGAGGAACGGAACAAGGAGCCAGUUCACAUGGAGGGAGAGAAGGAAGGCGACAGCUCUGAGACCAGAUGGGGCAAAGAACUCAGACUGGUCCUCGUUGGAAAGACCGGGUCUGGAAAGAGCGCAUCUGGAAACACCAUCCUGGGCCACAGGCAGUUCCUGUCACGGGUCAGCGCCAGCUCUGUCACCCAGAUUUGCGAGAUGGGAAGCACUGAGCUUGCUGAGGAUGAGGACUCAGAGGAAGAUGGCCUAGCUGUCACGCAGAGGAGAAUGAGAAGAGUCGUGGUGGUUGACAUGCCAGGUUUUGGAGACACUCACCUCAGUGUGGAGCAGAUUCACGCAGAGGUAGCCAAAUGUGUGGCUCUCUCAGCCCCGGGCCCCCACGCUUUCCUCCUUGUGGUCCCAAUAGGAAGAUACACAGACAACGAGAACCAGGCUGUUUGUGAGUUGGCCAAGAUAUUUGGGGAGGAUGCUGUAUUUCACCACACAGUAGUUCUUUUUACCAGAGGGGAUGACCUAGAGGGCAUGGGGAUUGAAGAAUAUCUGAAUUAUACUGCACCUGCUGGGCUGAGAGCUCUGAUAGACCGGUGUGGUGGUAGGUACCAUGUUCUCAACAACAAAGACACCAGUAACACAGCACAGGUUAGAGAACUCUUAGUGAAAGUAGACAGCAUGGUGAAGCAGACUAACAGAGGGUUUUAUACUAACACCAUGUUUUUAGAGGCAGAGGCUGCCAUCAGGGAGGAGCAGAAAAGGAUGGUGAGAGAGCGAGGGCAAGCAGAGGGCAAAGAUCAAGAAGGAAGCAACUGCAGAAUGGAAGAGCACGCUAAACUUGUAAAAAAAGGAAAAUGUGAUUUAGAGUCUGACAUGGCAGGAAGCAGUGAAAGAGGAUUACAGGAGCUCAGGGGGAGAGAGUUUGGAAGAGGAAGUGAAGAUGAUUUUAGGGUGGAGAGAUGGACAGAGGAGAGAAAAGGCAAUCCCCUCAGCCUGCUGAGGGACCAGAUCAGAGGCCGACAUCAGAGCCGCAGCAGAGGUGUUAGCCGUCGACAGUCUCUCCGGUCAUCAUUGAAUCGUUUAAGGAGGGAAGCUGCGCUGUCUCCCAAGGUGCUGGAGAGAGUUAAGAUCCUGGUGGCUGCCGGAGCCACAGGGAUGGCAGUCGGUGCCGUUUUUGGCGCGGCUGCCCCCUUAGCAGCUGCAGCUGGGGCAUCUCUUGUGGGGAACUCGGUUGGCUUUGCUGCAGGUCAGUUAGCUGGGAUGUCUGUAGCGGGAGGCACAGGUAUCGGGAAAGCUGUAGGAGCCAUAGUGGCGGCAGCUUCAGGGAAAACUGCAGUGGCUCUGGGUGCAGCAACAGGUGGAGUUUUGGGUGGUUCUGUGGGAGCCAUUGCUAGUGCUGAGGCUUGCAGUCCUGGAGAGGGUGCUUUAGAUGCCCUAAGCCAGGUUAGUGUCAUAGGGGCCUCUGUAGUUGGGGUGGCAGCAGGUAUGGGAUGCGCCAUGGGAGCUGGGUCUGCUUUAGGUGCAGCUCUGGAGGGAGCAGCUGCCCUUGGUGGAGCUGAAACUGCAGCAACAGCAGCAGGGGUAGCUCAGGGUAGUUUAGCUUCAGCAGGCGCUGGGACUACUCAGUGUGCUGCAGCCUUAGCUCAAGAAGUGGCUGCUAAUGUGCCAGCGGCUGCUGGUGCUGCAUGUGGGGUAACAGGACCCAGCUUGACAUCAGUGGCCAGCAGGGUUGCAUCAGACCCUUGGGGCACCGUGUCAGCAACGACACGUAUCUUAAGUGCAGUGGCUGAGAUCGGGAAAGCGGCAGCUGGCAUUGCCCUUGCUGGUGGUCUGGUAGUGAAGGUGGUGAAGGAAAAAGUGAGAAGUGGCACAGGAUCAUCAGAGGCUUCCUACUCAGAGAAGAAGUCUUAUGAGAUCUACUGGAACAAAUAGAUGCAGGCUGAGUGUAAAAUCAAAGUGAGAGCUUUUAUUUUUCUGCCUUCAUGAGUUCAAAACUCCACAGUAACUUACUUCAGUGAGAGAUAUUAUUGCAUGGAGAAAUGCAGUGAAAUAUACAGUAAUAUUGUAUGACAUACAAUAUUUUAAAAAGUAGAAUUUAUCAUUGUAUGUAUUGGUUGAAACCGAAGCUGAUGAUUAAUCCAUGACAUUUGCACUUCUGUGUGGGAUGACUGAAAGGCAUAUUAGGCUGACAAUGUUGCUUCAUUUCUUAUUUUAAAACAUGUUUCGAUCUAUAUCAAAUAUUAGAAGGUUGUGAUUAAGCUCACUGCUAUUUGGUAUUAAACACAUCUUUUGACAUUUCAUACAAAAAAAAAAAGAGUUCUCUUAAGCACUGUCUUAGUGUUUGCUGUGCCAAAUGUGUAAAUGAACAAAAUGAACUGAAGUAUUAAAAAUAAUUUUUUCCAUCUUGAAUGAUUUGCACUGAUGGUUGACAAGGGGUGAUUUUAUUGCACUGUUUAAUCACCAUUUCAUCUGCUGUCAACAGUUCAUUUGUAUUUUCAUGUUUUUGCAGUGAAAUAAAAUAUAUGCAAUUA